CCCACCGACGCUCCUUUCUUCCACUUCCUUCCCUUAUCCUCCUCUCUUUCUUCCUGGUGUUCUUCAUCUCUUCUCUUUCCAAGUCAAAAAAUAACCCAUUUGUACACCAAACUGAGCCAAUUUUUCCCUGAUUUUCCACCGUAGAUACGUUGUAGAUAGUUGGGGGAGGCAAGGGAGACCUCGAUCUAGUGAUGGGGUAGCUCGUGGUGGUCGUGGUGAGCAUUUUGGUGGAGGUGGUGGUGAACAUUUUGGUGGAGGUGGAGAUGAACUAGUGAAGCUGCGGCAUUGUGGUGGAGGUUAAGCUCCGGCUCCGGUGAUUGAAGGCCGCCAUUCGUCGUCGUUGCUUCGCACGCUUCAAGGGUGAGCCGAGAUGUCCGACUAGUGACGUUCAUAUUUUACUAUGGUCCUGGUACUGUCCAAACAAAUGAGAUUGGGAUUGGUCUGAGUGAAUUUGAGCACAUAGAGGUGCCACUGGCCGCCCCUCAAACAUGUUCUCUUAGUCAGUUGAAAGAAUGGUUGACAACAUGUUUAGGGAUGAAUACUGAAACGCACACCGUCGGUGUUCAUGCAUUGUGGACCCGGUCAAGUAUAAACAUUUUAUUCUAUUUGAGGCCAAUAGAGCGGGGCUCUCAGUGGGUUCGCUGGUUACAAGGUUGCGAAACCAGGGGAUGCAAUCCUUGUGCCUUAGUGCUUCCCGUUGUGAAGGAGGUAAUUGCACCUGAAGGCGAGGGUGGUUACAAUCCUGGGCAAAGCAUGAUGGGAUGCAGCACUCAAUGUCAAAUGCUGGAGAUGAUGGUUACAAACAAGGGCAGAGUAGUCAGGUACACGGAGGAAAUAUCGAUGAUUAUUACAGUGGGGAGGUGGACGGUGACGAGGUACAUGGGCACAUGCAGAACCAGAUGGAAGAUGAGAAUACAGAUAUUGACAUUGGUCAUGCCGAUGAUUCCGACGAGUCUAAUGGAGAAGGGAACCCAGAGGAUGUGCCGAAUCCUGCAUCAUGGAAUCAUGACUUCUCAUCAGCAAUGAUCCUGAACGAUGGGCAUGAUUCUGCCUGCCAAUAUCACCAGAAUAACAUUGCGACGGGUGCUAUGUAUCCCAACAAGAAUGCUCUAAAGGACGCAAUCAUUCAAUGGGAAAUGUCCACACAAAGUGUUUUCACAGCUGAGGUCUCAAGUCAGAAAUACUUGACAAUGGUAUGCAAGAACAAAGACUGUCCCGCCAGGGUGCAUGGCUAUCUCCCUAAGUAUGGCACAAGUUGGGUGAUCAGUGACCUAGUUCAUCACACAUGUCUUAUUCCCUGCAUCCCUCAAGAUCAUGCCAACCUUUCGUCCACGGUUAUUGCUCGGUUGCUUUACAGCGAGAUAGUUGAGUGCAAAGCGAUGGAAGUGAAGGCUAUCCAGACAAAAGUAUUCGUGAGGUUCAAACACAGAAUGUCUUAUGGCAUGGCUUGGAGGGCUAAGCAUAGGGCUCUUGAGACCAGAUUUGGUUCUUUUUUCGAUGCAUAUGAUUCUGUUGUCCGGCUCCUCCACACGCUGCAGGACCGGAAUCCUGGCACCUAUGUCGAUAUCCAAGACCUCUUCAUGCCAGAGUUCCCCACUGUGAGGGUGCUGCAUCGACUGUUCUUCUCUUUCAGUGUAUGCACUAUGUUUGAAAUUUGUGAGGGAACCGCGGACGAGGAGCAAGAGCAAGAGGAGGAAGAGGAGGAAGAGGUCGAGGCAGAAACUAGGCACUAUGUUUGAAAUUUGUAUUAAGUCUGCCACUAUGUUUGCAAUUUAUAUUAAGUAUGGCACUAUGUUUGAAAUUUUUAUUAAGUUUGGCACUAUGUUAGAAAUUUGUAUUAAGUCUGGCACUACGUUUGAAAUUUGUGUUAAG